UCGAACACUGCUGCGGUCCGCACCAGAGAGCUGCCUAGAGGAACGUGAUGAACGUUCCAUGGAAUUUGUGCCACAGCCCCAGCGUGAAGCAGAAAAGUUUAUUGAUUAGCAUAUCGCCUGCGGGAAAAGUACAGGCUGACCGGUGCGUGCUGGUUGGUAAAGUGCCAGAGAUAGAAUUUCCCUGUCUCUAGUCGGAGUUUUAACUUCGACAAGACUAAUGGAACUGAAGAUAUGUCACGACACUUUUGGGACUCAUAAUAAUGAACAGUUUCCUGUAAAGGGAUGCUUCCUUUAAUUUAAUUCCUUUAAGUCUCAAAAACAAAUUCCACAGAGAAGCCAUUGGUAUAUAAAUUGAAUGGUCAACAUGAGGUAUCUUUGACGACAUUGUGCUUAGUUUUAAACUCAACUCCGGCAAUCACAUAGAAGAAAUUAAAUGUGAUAACCUUAUCAACAUUUGACGUAUAAAUCAUUCUUCACUUGUGAUAUUAUGAAAUCUGGAAAUUCUGUUUCAUACCUAGCGUUGUAAAGAUCCUUUUGUUAAGCUUGGAAUAAGCAAGAUUCGUAUUUUGCACACAUGAGCAGCAGACUGAGUGCAACGCUCAGUAAAUACAUUGCAAUUGAUGGGACUAGAAUAGCAUGUCUUUUAUGGACAAUAAAAUUUUCAUAUGGACGAUAAUUUUUAUGUGCCGUCUUGAAAUAUGACUGCCGAGGUGAGCUUUACGAAGCGAGCAGCGGCCGAGCUCAGCCGCCGCUUCAACGGGCUCACCGUUCGCAGCAGGGGGUCCUCGUCCGCAACUCCCAAUAAUCCGUCCGCUUCGUCCACCCCUCCCAGCGUCCAGCAGCAGCAGACAACAAAUAAUACACCCUCCAAGAGUGGUCAGUUGACCAGUUGGAUGUUGGAAGGUGUGAAAAGGCAACACCAGAGGAAUCAGAACAAACAAUGCGAGCGAAUUGCAGAACUAUUGGCUAAUAGGCCUGGCAAUUUGGAAGAACUUUGGAAAGAUUCGGCUUUUUUGUCCAAAUUUUUCUUCUACCUACCAUCUAUUGACAGAACAGUCCUGGCACAAGUGUGUUGUAAAUGGAAAGAGGUACUUUAUCAGCCUAUGUUCUGGAAUGGCAUUUUGCCUGUUCUGCAUUGUCGAGAACUUAGGGCAACCUCUGGAGAUCUUUCUUCUACGUCAGAACUGCGAAAAAGAGUGUAUUCCAGUUUAGAAAAGAGAGGAUUCACAUCAUUGUGUUUGUUUGGAGCUGGUGACGAUGACGUCUAUGACGUGGUCAGUAAUUUUCCUAACACAUAUGUCCGGCAGAUCCGGUCGCUACUUUUACGCUGUUGCAAUGUGACCGAUAAAGGUCACGAAGUCCUAUUGGAGUUCUUCCACGGAGUUGUCCAUCUUGAAAUGUCCGGUUGUAAUGAGGUGACAGAUGCCGGACUGUGGGCAAGUCUCCACCCUCGUAUUACUCACCUCACCUUAGCUGAUUGCAUCAACGUCGCGGACGAGUCAGUGGCUGCCAUAGCUCAAUUGCUGCCCAGCUUAAGGGAGCUCAAUCUACAGGCAUACCACGUGACAGAUGCUGCUCUUGCUUUCUUCGGUCCGCAACAAGGAGGUACUUUGCAGGUUCUCCGGCUCCGAUCGUGCUGGGAGCUGACCAAUCAUGGCCUUCUCAAUCUUGUGCAUGUCUUGCCCAACCUAACAAUUUUAUCCCUUUCCGGAUGCUCCAAAGUAACGGACGACGGAGUCGAACUUUUGGCAGAGAAUCUAAGACAACUCAGGAUUCUGGACCUGUCUUGGUGUCCUAGGAUUACGGAUGCUGCUCUUGAAUACAUUGCUUGUGACCUCAGUCUUCUGGAGGAACUUAUACUGGACAGGUGUGUGCAUGUGACCGACAUAGGAGUUGGUUAUCUUUCAACAAUGGUUAAUCUCCGCAUACUUUACCUACGGUGGUGUACGCAAAUUAGAGACUUUGGACUUCAACAUCUAUGCACAAUGAGAAGUUUGCAAAUACUUUCACUUGCAGGUUGUCCUUUGUUAACAUCAAGUGGAUUGUCCUCAUUGGUCCAGUUGCGAGAACUGAGGGAGUUGGAACUCACUAACUGCGCUGGAGCUUCGGAAGAAUUAUUCGAAUACCUGAGACAACAUCUGCCCCUGUGUCUCGUCAUCGAAUAAUGAUACCAAAUUUUCCUACACACUAAGUAAAUGAAACCAAAUCUCAUUAAGCAAUACAGAGACUUGAUCACAUAGGCUCGCAGCAAAUUGCGAAGAUCUCUGAAGUCGAAAUUCCAGCACAUCAAAAAAAAAAACCUAAAGAAAACCCUUUCUAAAUCACCAAUUCGCAGAUGCAAUUUGGUUGGUUUUUUUAUUUUAUUGAGUGGAUCUUGUAGUUUUGUGGCAACACACCUAUUUUGGUUAACGAUAAAUUUAGAACGAUAUUCUCCCAGGAAAGUAAAGAAUCCUUUUUCAAGACGUAUCACUUACCCUGAUGUAUAGUUGUCAUUAAAUGAUAGCUGGAAAUGACCAGGAGAAAAUCAAUCUAAAGUUUUAUACAGGUCAUUAACUUUUGUUCUUUCGUGACCUCAGAGGCGAUUGGAUUUUCGCCAAAAGGGGAAAAUUAUCACGUGGGCAAAUGAUAGAGGAAAAAGUUUUCCCUAACAUCAGUACCAAAGUACAUGUAAAAAUCAUCUUUCGAUUUUGAACUUCUUGAAAACAUGGAGUCGUAUCGUAAACAUAUUCCAUUUCAGCAAAAUAUAUUCACCGAGGCUUAUUCCAACACUUAUAAUUAUUUCAUCAAGUGUAAAGUAUAAGCCUUAUGUUUUUAAAUUGUUUGAGCUAAAUAAAGGCAAGAACAUAAAA